AUAUGAAUAUAUUAUUCCAGUAAAUGUAAUAAUAGCAAUUUUACUUUUUAUUAUUUUCACAUAUAUAAGAAGGAAUGGUCAGGAUCCAAGACAAGUUUCUUCAGGAGACUAAGUACUGCACCAGUUUGGAAAACAUCCUCCAAAAGCUAGUAAUAUUUUUCAUGAAUAUACAGUUUUUAAUUCAUAAAUCAGUAGUUUGUACCUUCUGGCAUGUUUUUGUGUAUUAAUCAGUAUAUAUCUGUUUACCCUUAUAUAAUUGGUUCUGAUUAAUGAAAAAAAGAAAAAUUUUGCGGCCCCCUGUUUACUUUUGGGGCGUGGUCACGAUCGGGGGGCGUGGUUAGGUUCCAGUGCACAGCGACAAAGUGACCGGAGACGAUUCGAGUUUACUGAAAUUGAGUCCGACAACACAACACAACACAUAUGAAACAAUUUAAUGCAAACAUGGAGUCAGAUAGUUCAUUUCACUUGAAGGUGGGGUAUCCCAGAAAUUUCAGUCACAAGCACCCAGUCGGUUCAAACGUCAGAGGUCAUGUGACAUUUCCCGGAAACACACUUCUGCAUAGGUCACCGUUAAAAUCUUGUUAUCGAAUAUGACGCAAGCUUCAAAACAUCGGUGUCUAAAGUAAAAUGUCGAGUUUUACCCAAAAUUAUCUCGUUACUCCUGCAGUCCUGCUUCGAGGUGAACGAGGUGACUCCAAUGUGUCACUGACUUUAUAAAGGACUUCACUAAAUAUUAUUCAUGAAAUUGUUUAAUUCUGGUUUAAGUCUGUGCUGUAAGAUGGAGGACAGCAGCACUAUAUUAAAAGUUCUGCUUUUUCUCACAUUUUCUCUUCAUUUUUCAUCAGCAGGAAGAGAUGGGUCUUCCUCAAUUGUUUGAAGUCAGCCAGUGACUCAGCAGUUCGGACAUCUUGGGAAAGUUUGUUCCACCACCCCAGUGCCAGAACAGAGACCUAUAUCUACCUCUUACAAGUUAUUAUACCUCAAAUUUGCAUAGCAAGUACUCCAUUUGAUAACUUACUCUAGCCUGUUUGCAUUCGCAAAAAACAACCUCCUGAACACCAGCAAGAAAAAUGAGUUGAUGGUGAACUUCAGCAUGAAGCAGGAGAGGAGCUACAACCCCCUCAGUAUCAACAGGACCCCAGUGGAGAGAGUGGACAGUAUGUGGUACCUUGGUGUUCACAUCAUGCAGGAUAUGUCAUGGUCUUGUGAUAUUAACAUUUUUUCCCACCUUAGACACAAGGGAGAUUUUAAACUAGGCACUUUUACAUCUGCACCAUUAAGAGCAUCCUGACAGGAAACAUCACAGCCUGGUUUGAGAACAGCACCAAGCAGGACAGGGAAGUUCUUCAGAGGGUGGUACUAUCAGCUGAGUGUACCAUCUGUACUGAGCCAUGAUCUGCAGUCUACCUACAGCAAGUGGGGCUGGUACAAGGCAGGGAGAUGGAGAAAUGGAUCAAUUAAUCUAUCAUACCACUAAAACAGAAAGUGUGGUAUAAUUCCACUGUACAUUUGAUGCACUUGAAAGUGACCCAGAGUUCACGUGUGACACACACUCUCUGCAGUUCUUCUACACUGCUGUCACACCAGGAAUAAAUUUCCCAGAGUUCACUGCUGUGGGUCUGGUGGAUGGAGAGCAGUUUGUAUAUUAUGACCGUAACAUCAGGAAGAUGAUCCCAAAGACAGAGUGGAUACAGAAGAUCAGUGCUGAUGAUCCAGAUUACUGGAACAGAAAGACAGAGUAUUUACAGGAUCAUCAGGACAUUAUGGUUACAGUAAUGAAGAACCUGAAUCAAGAUGAAGGAAAUCAUACACUCCAGUGGAUGUUGGGCUGUGGGCUUGAUAAUGGCAUCAUUAGAGGAUACAGUCAGUACCGUUAUGAUGGAGAAGAUUUCAUCAGUCUGGAUCUGAACUGGAACCUGGGACACGGACAUGAAUCCUGGACUCCAGCUAAUGAUAAAGCGAAGAACUUUUUAAUGGAGUGGGAUCCUAAAGGAGAAAAGGCUAAAUACUGGAAGGAAUACCUGAGUUAUGACUGUAUUGAUCAGUUAAAUAAGUUUGUACUUUACAGCAAAGAGACUAUGAAGAGGAAAGUUCCUCCUACAGCAUCAGUGUUCCAGAAACACUCGCCUUCUCCAGAGGUGGUGUGUAACGCUACAGGUUUCUUCCCGGAAGUAGUGAAUAUCACCUGGAGGAAGGACGGAGAGGACGUGAACGAGGACGUGGAGCUCAGAGAGACAUUUCCCAACCAGGAUGGAAGCUUCCAGAAGAGAAGCAUUCUGAAAGUCCCAGCUGAGGAUCUGCAGAAACACACCUACACCUGCGUGAUUCAGCACAGCAGCCUGAAGGAGGAGUUAGUGCUAGAAGUACCAAAAGGUAGAGGAUCAGUUGGAACACCAAUUGGUAUCAUCAUUGGUGCAGUCACUCUCAUUGCUGUUGUUGCUGGAGUGUUCAUCCUGAAGAAGAAAAAGGUGUCUGGUGCAGAACAAUCCCAUGAAGUCCAACAGAAGGGAACUGAGAUAAAUCCGUUAAAUACUCCACACAGUGACGUUCCAGUCUAAACCAGUAAGUGAGCCUCCACACUGAAGAGUGAUUUCCUGCCCAGCUUUUCCUCUACUGAAGCUUCCAUCCAGGGUGUGAAGAGUGAAUACAGACAUCUUUCAUGUGGGUUUAGCUCAGACUCCAGAGUAAUGAACAUUUUCAGUCUUUAUCAGAGCUUAUGGAGUUUAUCUGGGGGAUUACACGAGCAGGUGCUGGUAAAAACAGUGAAAAACAAAAUAUAUAGUUUUCUUAUUAAAUGAUAGUUUCAAAAUAUGUCUGCACUCACCUGCUGAUGAAAGAUGAACAGGUGAGUUUAGACAUAUUGGCUAAUUGACUUGAAAGAUGAAGAGAAAAUGUGAGAAAGAGCAGAACUUCAAAUACAGAGCCGUUGUCCUCCAUCUUACAGGGUAAAAACUUUAACCAUACAGAAAUAAACAAAUUUUAUUCAUAAAUAGUCCUUUAUGAAGUCAGUGACACAUUGGAAGUCAUCACAUUAUUCACCUUGAAGCAGGACUGCAGGAGUAGUGAGAUAAUGUUGGGUUUUUACUUUAGACACCAAAGUUUUGAAGCUUGUGUUAAAGUUGCUGAUGAGUUUCUAACGUGAACCGUUCAUGAAUUUCAUGAAUAAAAUUUGGUUAAAUUCUUUAUCUAGGCAGUGACACACUGAAGUAUGUUAAAAAAGGACACCUAUAAUGUGACAGAUGAAAAGUAAUAUUAUUAUAAAAUGUGAAGGUAAAAAACAGCUCUCAGUAGCUGAUUGAGUCGUAGCAGCACCUCACUGUCAUGUCAGUGUCACUGUUGUACUGAGAAUCUCACAGCACACAAACUUCUGGACUUUUCCCUGAUUGUGCAGGACAGAGGGAGGAGUUCAGAGCUUCAGAGGAUCACAGCAACACUCAGUAAAUGUAAAGCUGCUCUACUCCAUAUUAAUCAGAGAAUGAAGUGUUUACCUUAAUGACCAAAACCAUUUUUAUGUAGUCUUAGUCUUUAUCUUCAGACAAAAACAGUUAUUAGUCUUAGUCACAUUUAAGUAAUUUUUGUCUUAGUCAUAGUUUUAGUCUAGUUUUAAUCUAGUUUUAGUCGACGAAAAGUAAUUGUAUUUUUGUUAAGUUGUAGUCAAACUGCAGUUACUGGCUUAAAUUUUGUUAAUUUUCUAUGUAGUAUUUUUCUCUCUUUAGACCAGAUUAAGCUUAGGAGAAAUUUGGAUCAAGAUAACGAGCUAUAUUGACACUGCACUCUUAGCACUUGUACAAUUCUACAUAUCCUUUUUUUCUUAGUUGGAUAUCAGCCUGCUGUACUGCCCUUGCUCAUUUAGAAGGUAGGAUCAUACAUUAAGGAUAGGUAAAAGUGGUCUAUAGUUCAUGUAUCAAGUAAAAACCAAAAAUGCCUUCUUUAGCUGUUAUGGAAAAACAGCAUUUAUUUUCUGAAACUUCAAAUAAAUGUGCAAUAAACAGACAGAUGUUCAAAAGCAGCUGAACAUAUAGUACUAACAUACAACAGACUAGCAUAAACGUCUGCCUUGUUGCUAGGAGACACAUGACAAAUGAAAACAAUAUGCAUUCUAAAAUCAAAAUAUGAUCGAAUAUCUUUCAUAUCCUCCGACUGGAUGAAAUCAAUAAUCUGUCACCAACAUACCAUCAUGGAUUUUUUAUGCAAUCUCUCAACUCAGAUAUGGGAGCGUCAAAUUCUCCAGAAUGGAAAUAGGGAAAAAAUCAGAGCAAAAAUCAUGUAGUGUAUUCCAGCCUUAAGCAUACGUACAUGCCCAAUACCUUGGGGAACUUCCAAAUCCAUUUGUCAUUGUAGAAAUAGCUUGCUAUCUGCAUGCUAUUGAACAAAUAGGCUAUGGCCUAAAUAAUCUCACUACAGCAUGUGAUGCAGAUUUCAUUAGAAACAGAACUGAAUGCCGCAGAAAAGUCGAACUGUUGUACAAUAUAUAAUUAAUUAUUAUUAUAUAUUAUAUAUUAAUAUAUAAUUAAGCAUUUUAUAUUUAUGAAAGUCUGGUUCAGAACUAUGCAGUAAGGUUAGCUAACUGACGAUGUUCAUUAACAUAAAGCUAAAACUCGCUAGGGAGUUUACCUGUUGACCAUCCAGUAACACUGACCUAACGUUAAGAAAAAGUACUUAAAUAAGACUAAGUAGUUGAGUUAGCGUGACAGAAGCUGCGUAAAUAGCAGGGUGACGCACCUUCAGAUGCCUCUUAAGAUUCAUGGUAUUCUUUCCAUCUGUUUUAUAGCCACAGGGCUUCUCUCCAUUUUCUGUGACAGUGCACAAUCUUUUUUUGUUUGUUUGUUUGUUUGUUUUUUUACAGAAAUGCUUCCAUAUAUCAGUUGUUCAUUUUUUUCUAAAGCUUCAGGUGCUAAAGCCACUGCAGCUCGCCAGGCCAGUUGGAGUUUAUUUAGCCGACCCACCAACUGUCUGAGAUGCAAACGCCCUUUAUCCAAUGACAGGGACACACAUUAUGAAAAACGGUUAGCCGAUACAAAGAGCUCAUUUAUAUUGAAUGUCCGAUUCUCCUAAAAAAAAAAAGCAUUUUAGUCCAGUCUCGUCUCGUUAACAAAGAAACAUCUUACGUUUCGUCAUAGAUUUUAUCAGCAGAUAUUAGUUUCGUCUUAGUCUCGUCUCCUCUUAGUCACAGAAAAAAAUGGUCGUUAACGAAUUUUUUUCGUCAUCAUCUUAUGAAAUUAACACUGAUAUUAAAAGUGCUGAAUUUGACAUGUUCUAACUGUAGUGCAGCAGAAAUUCAGCUAGCGCUGGUGUAGAGAUGCACUGACUUUAUUUUUCCUCCUAAAUCAUGUCAGUAUGUGGACUAAGAUAAAUCUCCUGUCCAUGUGCAGGACAUGUGGCUCGUGUUCUGUGAUGGACUGGAGACACAGGAAGUGUUUUCUUAAGACAAAUUCAUUAUUAUUUAUUUUUUUAAGCCACAAACUCCAUAUGUACAACAUCCAGAUCCAUGUGAUGUUUCUUCUGUGUCAUUUGGGUUUGUUUAGAUUUUAGAAUCCAGUGGGGUUUAAUGUGGUGUUACAUCACUAUCAGGAGAAUCUCAACAACCAAACCAACACAGUGUUUUACUGAUGAAAUGAACACAGUUUUAUUAAUAUGUUUUUAUAAACCUUCUCAUAAGUCAAAUUCUUACAUCAAAAAACUUCUAAACUGGACAAAUUCUCAUAAAAUCUUCAUUAGCUGAAUUCAGCAGCUGCCCUUAGACUUGCAUUGAGGUUAUUAAAUUAGAUUUCUGAUCUUCUUUUCUCAGGGGCUUUUUGGGUUUUGUUCAGUGGUUCAGGUAUAGCAGUAUUCAGAGUGUUAAUUUUUUUUAAUGGUUUUUUAUGACCAAGUAUUUAAUGCCUUUAUGUAACUUUGUGUUUUGGCUUUUUUAAAUGUGUUACAAACAAAACACCCUGUACCUUUCUAUAUAUUUGUGUAAAUUUUUGUAUAUAUUUGUAUAUAUCUGUGUGUGUGUGUGUGUGUGUCUGCACAUAUAUUGCCUGAUAAACUGCACACUGACUCCAUUUACUUAAAAAUAAAUUGCAAACCAAAGAAUUGUGUUACUCUUUUAUUUAAAAAUUAUUGUGUUUUAUUUGGAGUUCAAGAGAAUCUGUUAGUUUCUGUGUUUUUUCUUUAUGUUCAGUAAUAAUUAUGUAACUGUUAUGUCACCUUGAAAUUAUCUUGAAAUGAAAUGAAAUGUUCUGCAAUCAUUUCAAUCUUGCACUGCUGUGAUUGGUUAAGAAAAGCCCAACCCACUGCCUUAUCUUUAUUUCAGAGAGUCUUCAAUGGAUCGGAUCAUUAUCAUUAAGUAAAAUAAAAGUCGGUAAAAUAAGAGACCACUGCCCAAUCUCCAGAUUUGAACCCUAUUGAAAACCUCUGGAAUGUCAUCAGGAGGAAGAUGGAUGAUCACAAACCAUCAAGCAAAGCUGAGCUGUUUGCUUUUUUGCAAAAAGAGUGGUAUAAAGUUCCCCAACAGCAAUGUGAGAAACUGGUGGAGAUCAUGGAGCCAAAACUCAUGCAAAUCAGGGUUAUUCCACCAAAUACUGAUUUCUUAAUGUUAUUUAGACAAAGCAUUAACACAAUUUGUUUACAAAUUAUUUGCAUUUUGUUUUAUUUGAGUUAUUAAAGCUCUGCAAAUACUUCAUGAUCUUGGGUUAUUUUGAUGUGAUGUCAUUUCCUUUAAAUAUUCACUCUAAAUAACAAUAGUCAUAUUUUGAAUUUG